AUGGAUGACGUGCUGCAGGCACUGCGAAGCUGCAAGAAGGAUGGAGAUUGGGCCAAAGCUUUAGAGACCAUCUCAGCCAUCUCAGCUCCAUCGGCAGUGGCUGAAGCUUUCUCCUUCGCAAAAUCGCUGGGAUUUUGCGCCAGCAUCUGUGCCAAAGCCUCGCAAUGGCAGGCCACUCUGCAGCUGUGGGGAGAUGCCAAGGAUCUUUCCUUCCCUCCAGAUGUGGUGCUGUGCAGCAGUGUCCUGACCUCCUGUGGUCGGGCAGAGGAGUGGCAACAGGCACUGGGACUGAUGGAGGAGGCCCUGGGUCAACGGCUGCGGGCAGAUCCCACGUUUUACAACGCCGGCCUCAGCGCGGUGUCACUGCGGUGGACCUGGACCUUGGAGCUUCUGGCGAGGAUGCUGCGGGCUGACAUGGCGCCAGAUAGCUUUACCAUGAACAGCGCCUUGAGUGGUUUGGUACGUGGAGAUCAGUGGAGGGUGGCAGUGCAAGUGAUGGAAGAGAUGGAAUCAAUGCGAGUUCGAGCAGAUAUCAUCACUUUCAACACCUUGCUGAAUGCCGAUGCCGGCUGGCCAAAUGCCUUGGCUCUGCUGUCAACCCUGCAGCGGAGGAAGCUGCGUUUUGACACGGUGACCUUAAAUGCUGCCAUCCGUGCCUGUGAGGCUUCCUGGCGCCAUGCGCUUCUGUUGUGGCAGCAGAUGCAGCUCCAGCAGCUGGCGCCCGACAGCAUCACCUUUGGGGCGUUGAUCAACGCCUGUGGCAAGGCUGGCUGCUGGCAGAUGGCCGUGGCCAUCCUGGAAGUGGCCAAAAGCUCGAAGAAGGCCUCGGCCGUGGCGUUUCACUCGGCCGUCUACGGCUGCGAUGUCUGCGGGCGCUGGGAGAAGGCCCUGGAGCUGAUGGAGGCCUUGGUCCAGGAGCAGCUGGAGGAGCAGCAAAGGUUGACGCCACCGCUCCCUGAUGUGGGUCUCCCUCCAGGUUCAGGCUUCAUAGAUGAGCUGGUGCCUCGUCCGCCUCCACUGCGUGAUGGUGUGCCCUUGACCUUGAGCUACAGUGAUCAUCGGUGGCCGGGCUGUGUGAUCACAGAGAGCACUGCCAUUGAUGACCAAGCUGGACUGCUGAUGUGGUGGCGACAUGUGGAGCCUGGCGAAGAUGAUCAGGAUCUUCCGCAAGCUUCGGGCAAAUCCUGGCACUGGGGAGGCUGCUGGAAUAUGUCCGAAGUCGUCGGCGUCAGAUACACCACGAUGUUUGGAGAUCCUGGACGAGAGUUCCUGCAAAGUGGCAGUCGAGCGGCUCAGAUCUCGUUGUGGGACUUGACGCUGGACCGAUUUGCGGUGCUCCUGCUGAAUCCUCUCAGCAUCACCUUCGCGUUGGCUAUUGUCCUGGCGUGGCAACUCUCAGAGAUCUUCCCGCGAAGUGGAGGUCUCCACGACAUGGCGCGGCCUGCGCGAGAAGAGGCGCUGCACACGUCCAUCGCCACGGCCGCAGCGUGUGCCAUCCUAUCUGUGGUCUCCAUGUGGUGGUUGGGAGUCUUCAGCUACUGCGCUGGUCCGAAGUACAAGGGAACGCACCUAGGGUCCAAGGCCACCACCAGGUGGUGGUGGCAGAAAGCUCUCAGCGAGCUGACCCUGGAAGUCUUCUUCGGCCUAUGCGUGGUCGCCAUUGUGAUUUGCAUCGUCACGGAGUUUUCGCAGGAGGGCAUUGCUUGCCACGACAGGCUUUCGGAUGCAGGCAGAAGGCUACAAGCCACCAAUUGCAUCAAGCAGGUGGGGAUCAACCAGACCUGCGGCGUGGACGGCUGCUACUGCGACGUCCUCUCCGACCUGCUGUGUGUGGAGCCGCCGCUGCCCAAGCAGAUCUGUGUGAAGGUCACCCGGCCUUUGUGUGCCGCAGCCGGGACCAAUGUGUUGACCAGUGGGAUGCACGAGCAUUUAUUCAACAUCAUGUUGUCCUGCAUCAUUCUUUCCGCUUUCAUCUUCUUGAUUUGGAUGGUCACUGCAUGGGCGAUGCUCCUGCACUGGAUGGGAUACCCCAUGAGGAAUUCCCGCAUCAUUGACCUCCCCGUCAAGCCCGAUGUGGAGUACCACCGCUUCACCGUGAUGUUCGAGUCUCCGUCGGAAGACAGUUUGGUGUUCAACGUGGACAGCUGCGAAGACCCGGAGGCUGCAACAGUUGUGGAGUACCUUGCAGGUGGUCCGGAAGAUUGCUUAAAGCACAGCGUGUUGCUGACGCUUUUGGGCCACAUGGUGCAAGAUAGUCGUCCCUUUUCCUACGUGGAUUGCCAUGCUGGUGGAGGCCUCUACGAUCUUUGCAGCGACGAAGCGCAGGUCUUUUGCAACUUUCAGGAUGGCAUCCAUCUGCUGCAGUCCGCCUCCGCUUCCGUCGCCCCGGUGCUUCAGCGGCUCCGGCACACCGCGCUUCAGAGCGGGCGGUACUACUUGGGCUCUCCGAUGUUGGCGCUGCAAUGGCUAAGGGGACAAGACGAGGCCUACUUCUUUGAGGAUUCGCCUCCGGUGGCUGAAGAUUUGCGGCGGAGUAUGGCGCAGUGGGAUGACCAACUGCUUGCGGUAAGGCUGUUGGAGGAAAACAGCUAUCAGCGGCUCUUGGAGGGCCAACGAAGGACCAAACUGCACGAGAGGGCGCUGAUUCUGCUGGAUCCGCCCUACGACUCGGGGACGUCCUACUUCACCUGGAACCUCUUCAUGUUGCGCAGGUUGCGCACGGCAUGGCCUGGAGCCGUUCUCCUGCUGUGGUUUCCCUGCUACACCGAGCUUCAGAGCGGCUCCUUCCUGCGGCGCGUGGAGGAUUUGGGGCUCGGGGAGGUGCUGGUGGCGCAGCUCUGCUUCCGGCAGCGCCGCAGCACCAAGCAGCUGAGGGGCUCCGGAAUGCUGAUCCUUGGAGCGCCCGGGGUGAAGGCCGAAUUGCAACAGUUGUUGCCGAAUUUGGAACGCUUGCUGGGUCCUGGAUGCUUGGACCACCUCAAGACCAGCAGUUGGGGAUUCCAGAACAGCGACCUCAUCUCUUUUCUCGCUGUGCAGAAAAAAGGUGGCGUCAGCGGCAGCUGCCUAUUGAUGACCGUUGGCGACCUGUGCAGUGGCAUCAAAGAGCAUAUUGGCGCGAUGGGUUUCGACCUGGAUUUAGAUGUGCUGCCGUCUGCUACAGAUGUGUGGGCAAUUGAAGAGAAGGGUGACCAGCUGGGUGAAGAUCCGCAACAACCGGCCGUGGAAGAAAACCGCAAACCGCACAACCGCAUUGUCCUCUUCAAGAGGGACUCAGUGCGAGCAGCCGUGAAGCCCUGGCGAAGGCAUCGGCCCUUCAUGACGGGAAUGGAGUCAACGAAGGUACAGGGAGGAGGAUGCCUCACCGAACGGUCUGACUCUUCGUCACCUGGAGGUGACUGGAGUGAUAGCAGUUCGUCCCCGAGCAUUCCUCGGUGCUACGACCUGAUCCGUCACAAUGUGCACCGACCUCGUUGUAUUGAAGUGGCAAAGGAGGAUGACAUGUGGACGAAACUCGAUACAGCAGAGGAGUUAAGAUCUGUUCCGGAGAGGCAAUUGCCUCAUUCGCGUCGUUUGAUCCUUUCCAGCAAUGGCACCCGACAGUUUGAGUUCCAUCCGCAGCGAGCUGACACAGUUCUGGCGGGGCGAAAGGACGGAGUGGUGGCAAUCAUCAAUCAUGAGGAGGACAGCACCACGCACACACUGGAGGUGGACUCUUAUCCGAUUCUGGGUCUGUCAUGGCUUCAUACCAAUCCACAAUGGGCAGUCUGCGGCGUCUCACAGUCGGGCACCACCUGUCUCGUGAACUACGACGAGCGCAGGCCCGGGCACAUGGAAAGUGUGCGCCUGGAACCCUUCGCCCACCUCUCCUCGUUGUCCGUGAACUGCACCGACGAGUGCGCCGCUGGAAAGUGGAUGAAUGUGGCCAUGAUGUGGCCAUGA